AUGUCCUUCCAAACACCCCGCAUCCUCCCUUCCCACCUCCACGCCUUCCACCCCUCUGGCGCUAGCUCACACACUGUCCGCAUACUCGGCACCGUCACCGCUCUCCAUGGGGCCACCGGCACACUCACCUGCGGCAACAAUGGAGAUGUCACCCUUAUUUUGAAGUCGGAUGCGCGCUUGCAAGUCGGGAAGCUGGUCGAGGUUGUGGGGAAAGUGGCUGAUCUAGAGGGUGGACAGGGAUACGGAAUCCGUAUAUUGGGCUCGACGGAGUGGGGUGACCCAGCUGAUUGCGAUUAUAAGAUCUACGAGCAUGUUGUCAAUGCUACGCAUAAGUUCAAGUCCAUCUUUUACGAUUAA